AUGGGUCUUAUACACAUGAUCGUGAUCGAUGAACACAUCCGGUCAGUUUCCUUCAUCGUUUUUCUGCAGGCUCCAGAGAACACGGUAUGGGAAGCCACUGACGCCGUCCUGAAGGCACUUCAGCUGGAGAAGGAAGUCCUUGCUAGCUUCCUUAACAUUCACAGCAAGGCGCAGGCCAGGAACGACCCUCAUCUGAUAGACUUUGUCGAGACCGUGUUCCUCACCGAGCAGUACGAUGCCAUGGAGGAACUGUCCACGAUGGCCACCAAGUUCGAGCGUGCUGGCACCGGCCUCGGCGAGUACAUAGUCGACAAGAACCUGCAAUAAUUUAAGGCGAGCGCGUCUGAGGACCGAGUCGCAGUGCCAUCUACCGGUAAAGCUGCAAGGCAGUCAAUUUCAACCGAUUCCAAUGCGCCGUCAAGCAACGUAGAUAUAAUAUAUACAUAUAUAGCAAUAGUUUUCUCCCUACACUCCGUAAAAAAUAAUUGUAGUAGGAGUUCGUUUCUUAACAACGUAGUACGCACAAAUCUGUACCGAUUAUCUGGACAAGCAUAUAACGUGAUUAUAAACCACGACUUUGGGUUUUGCCGAGACUUACAUCUCAUAUAUAUGUGAAUUUCACUCUACCUACCAGCAAUAAUAAUAAUAAUAAUGCCGCGUGCAGUGCUGCUAACUAUUUACUUUUCGACGAAUUUAAAAUUGCUACCUUCAUGACACUUUAUCAACGCGAAUGUGUUCUUUAGCGUAAGUUUAGAUCCCGUUUAGAUUAAGCAUAUCGCCGCAAGAACAAAGCAUGCAUACGUUUGGAAUACUCAUCGCCGUAUUAUUAAGGUUAGGCCUACAAUGAAACUUUGUACACGUGUUACGCCUUUAAUAAAGUAGAUGAAAAUCAAA